AUGGCCUCGUUCCUCGAAGAGCUGUGGAAUUCCAUUUUUACGCCCGGCCCGACACCCACGCUCCUGGUCGCUACCAAUGCCGCAUUCGCCGCCCUGCAGCUCCUCCUUCUGAUCCUUCUCAUCGCAACGUAUUCUCUACACUUCCUGGUAUUGUCCGUUCUAUGCGGCGGUCUGUGGUACGCCAUCAACUGGUUCGCUACUGAAAUCGCAAAGGAACAGCAAGCGCAAAAGGCGAAAGAAAAGAAAGAGAAGAGCCCUGAGCCAGAUAAUGCGAGUGAUACUGAAACUGAAGGCCCGCCGCCGCACGCGCCCGGUGGCGACUCUGUGAAAGCCACCACAACACCGUCCGCGCGGAGUCAGAGUCCGAGACACGAGAGGCCGAACGACAGUUCGACCACACUCCUUGAACCAAAGGGGGUAGAGAGCACGGAGGCUCUGAGGCGUCGGCGCAGCCUGGGCGAGAGUUCAGGCUACGUCAGCACUGAUAGCGAAUGGGAGAAAGUAUCUGAGGGAGAAGAGAAAAGCAAGUGA